AUGCGCUUCGAGGGCGGUGAGCGGCGCGACGCCGUCGCCUUCCACCCGCUGCUGGCGCCGCGGCCCAGCGACUUCUCGGUGUCGGCGCUGCUGACGGCCGGCGCCCUGCCGCCGCCGCCCUACCUGCCGGCCGCGCUGGCCGCCGCCGCCGCGCUGUCCGCGCCCUGUCCGCUGCUCAAGCCGCCGCCGCCGCCGUACGCACCGCUGCCUCCCGACGACGACGGGGUCAUCGACGACCCCAAAGUCACGCUCGAGGGGAAAGACCUCUGGGAGAAGUUCCACAAGCUGGGCACCGAGAUGGUGAUCACCAAGAGUGGCAGACAAAUGUUUCCCCAAAUGAAGUUCCGCGUAUCUGGAUUGGAUGCUAAAGCGAAAUAUAUUCUACUCCUGGACAUCGUAGCCGCUGACGACUACCGAUAUAAAUUUCACAACAGACGUAUGUUUCCUGCCUACAAAGUUCGCGUUUCUGGUCUUGAUAAAAAAGCAAAAUACAUUUUGCUAAUGGACAUCGUAGCUGCCGACGAUUGCAGAUACAAAUUCCACAACAGUCGGUGGAUGGUAGCCGGCAAGGCUGACCCCGAGAUGCCCAAGAGGAUGUACAUCCAUCCCGACUCACCGUCCACAGGCGAGCAAUGGAUGCAGAAGGUCGUCUCCUUCCACAAGCUGAAGCUUACUAACAACAUCAGCGACAAACACGGAUUCGAGCUCAUCUAUAGCCAAAGUCAACGGAUGUUGUCAAAGUUGCUGUGGCCCAAUCCAUCAGCUAGUGCGCCCAGAGAUCCCCACUCAGACCAUUUGUGUGUCACGCAGACGAUCCUGAACUCGAUGCACAAGUACCAGCCCCGGUUCCACUUGGUGCGAGCCAACGACAUCUUGAAGCUGCCGUACUCCACCUUCAGGACAUACGUCUUCAAGGAGACGGAGUUCAUAGCUGUCACGGCGUAUCAGAAUGAAAAGAUCACCCAACUGAAGAUCGACAACAAUCCGUUCGCUAAAGGAUUUAGGGACACUGGCGCUGGGAAGAGAGAAAAGAAUUUGUCCGUGUACCGCAGGCAGGCGCUGCUGACAGCGCGGUCCGACGCGCGUGAUGAUGAUGACGAGAGGCCUCUGGAUGUAGGAGGACCAUCCAGCCCGCCGCCACCUCCUACAUGCUCUACAACAUCCUGGUUCAGUUCGAGCGGCGGUGUCGACUCUGGCGCCGAUGAGGCUGGUUCUGAUUCCUCGUGCUCCGGUGGAGGUCGUGCUCCGUCUCCUCCCGCCGGACCGUCGAGACCCUCGCCAGCGCCGGACGUAUCGCUCGGCCCUCCCGUACAGCCGCCUCUCCUGCCGUAUCUCUACCCGCCGUCGCUGUACCCUCCGCCCUUCUUCCCUCACCACCAGAUGCCCCCGGGCCUGCUGUUCAACCUGCACCCUCUGCUGCAGCAGUACUCUCUGCCCCCUCCCCCCGCCCCGCCGGUGCCAUCCCCCGCGCCCUCGAUCAGUAAGACUCACAGGUUCGCUCCGUACGCCCUGCCGGGGUUAGGUUCCGCGUUCGAGCAGGUCGCUCCGCGGGCUCGCUCGCUCAGCUCGUCACCAGCGCGGGUGGCGGGCGGGGGCUCGACGGCCGGGGGUCGCUCUCCUCCGACGCGCGCGGCCUCCGCGGACCCCCCGGCGGACGCUCCGUCUUCCACGACGUCCGCCACGCCGCCCUCCUCCGACCUCAAGAGCAUCGAGCGCAUGGUCAACGGCCUGGACGUGGAGCCGCAGGACUGA